AUGCCGAUCAUCGCAGUCUUUACAACAGCCCACGCUCACCAGCUUGACUUUCCCAUCACUAGCUUCGAUAUCGAAAGCAUUUGCCGCUACAUAUUUCGAAACAGCUUUGACAACUUGACAUUCGCGGCAUUCAAAUUUCCAGCCGAGCUUGCCGAAGAGCAACCCCUUCUGGAGCUCGUCCAGCCCUUGAUCCCUUAUGACGUCUUUGAUAGCCAUUAUAAUAUCGUAUCCGUCUUCAGUACGCAGGUUGCUAGCUCUGCCUUUGUCACGGACUAA